UAGCCCGUAGAAGAUUAUUAUUUUACCGCUAGAGGGCGGACUUUACAAAAUAUGGCGGCCUCCGUAGCGCGCGAACACGAAUGAUUUUUGCAUCGAUGUUUAUUCUGUUGUGAUUGUCAGAAAUGAAUAUUUUAACGUGGAAUAUAAAUGGAAUCAGGGCAUCAAAAGUUGCCAUCAAAGAUCUAUUGAACUCGCUUGAUGCAGACAUCGUCUGCUUACAGGAAACUAAAGUUACCAGAGACCUGUUGGAUGACUCCAUUGCUAAUGUAGAUGGCUACAGCUCAUUUUUCAGCUUUUCAAGAAAAAGAUCUGGAUAUUCAGGUGUAGCCACCUACUGUCGGGACUGUGCCACCCCUGUAAGGGCUGAAGAGGGCCUUACAGGAAGGCUCGCUAAAGGGGCCGAUGAUGUUGGUUGCUAUGGCAACCAGACAUCCUUCACGGAUGAAGAACUUCAGUUGCUGGACAGCGAAGGUCGAGCUGUCAUGACACAGCACACAGUCAGGGAUGCGGACGGUAUAUCACAUGACCUGGUGGUGAUCAAUGUGUACUGCCCACGAGCUGACCGAGAGAAUCAAGAACGUAUGGACUACAAGUUACAGUUCUACAACCUGCUUCAGUUGAGGGCAGAAGCCUUGGUUAAGGCUGGCAGGCACGUUGUGGUGGUGGGCGACAUCAAUGCCUCGCAUAGACGCAUCGACAACUGUGACCCGGGCCCGGAUUUUGAAAAACAUCCCAGUCGACAGUGGCUCACUUCUUUCCUUCACGAUGACACGCCUGAAAAACCAGCAAGUGAAUCUGAGGCAUCCUUGAAGCUGAAAAAUGACGAUGAAAGCAGCUGCCAUAAAGAGCAACCCAAGUCAAGCAACUCAUCAUCUGGUAUCUUUGUGGACACCUUCAGGCGUUUCCAUCCCACCAGACAAAAGGCUUUCACUUGCUGGUCCACUAUGACUGGUGCCCGGCAAACGAACUACGGCACAAGAAUUGACUACAUCUUUGCCAACAUGGGUCUGUUUGAGAAAAUGAUCGCCUCUUGUGAUAUCCUGCCCGAGGUUGAGGGCUCAGACCACUGUCCUGUCAAAGCCAGAGUUACUUGUCAGCCGGUCCCCUCUAAAAAGCUCCCAGAGCUGUGUUCCAGCAACAUGCCAGAAUUCUCAGGAAAGCAGCAGAAAUUGCUGUCUUUCUUUCAGAAGCUGUCGCCGAGCAAAGUGGCUCUCGCUCGCAAACCAGAACCAGAUGAGCCCAGACAGAAAGAUAAUAAAACACGCACAAUGUUGGAUCUCUCCAAACCGGGAUUGAAAAGAACUGGAAGUGACCCGAGCAGUCAGAGGUCCCAGAAGAAAUUGAAAACAAAUCCUAGUGAAUUACAGAAAGGCAGUCUCAUGAAUUUCUUCCAAAAGAAGAGACCACCCGAAGAUGUUUCUGAGAACAAGGGGAGAACAGAUGUUGAUGUUGUUAAACAGCCAGAGCUGCUCAAAGCAACAUCAAUGCCUCCUGUGGAUUUGAAAGCUGAGAGGGGAAACGCUAAUGGUGGGUCCCAAGAAAUGUUGGAGACUUCCUCUCAGACAGAUGGAUCUAAGCGGGGAAAGACUAAUUCCUCUGUUGCCUGGAAACAGCUUCUCUCUGGGCCCCCUCAGGCACCCACAUGUAAGGGACACAGUGAGUCCUGUCUCUUAAGAACAGUGAAGAAACCGGGCCCUAAUCUUGGCAAGAAAUUCUAUGUUUGUCCCAGACCUGAAGGGCACAAGGAUAACCCAGAGGCAAGGUGCAACACUUUUAUUUGGGUGACUAAAGGGAAGUAAAUUACAAUUAGAGAAUCCACUCUGAGAACAUCUUAGUCUUUGUCCAAGGCCGGAUUUUGGUGUUUGUGGAUGCAGCUGGUCCCAUUUUUUUGCAAAUGCAAUCAAGCUGCUGCAGCCUGGUUAAUGGUUUCAACAAACUGAAUCAAAUCCAUUUUUUAGAGCUUAGACAUGGGCCCAAGGAUGUCUAAAAAUACCUCAUGCACACUUUAGUCAAGCUACAUGUAAACGACUUCCCAAAAUUUCUGGUUAGAGGUGUGAUAUGGCACUUGCGCAUCGUGCGUGCGCGUGCACAGGACUCAGCUCACAACUGCAGUCAGUGGUCACAUUUCUGUCAGGACGCCAGCUGUCGGCGAUCAUGGCGCGCACAUUGUUCUACAUGUUCUAUGCGCAGACGCGGCAUAUCACGCAUGUAGACAAAUCGUUCUGUACAUUUUGCACAAAAGCUCAGAUGAGUCUUUUAUCCUUGUGCAGAGGAUCCCCGAGGUAAUGUGUUCAUAAGCUAUGCUCAGUCUCUUGGGGCUGAGUGCCAAAAUUCCACAGGUUGGAUUUGAUUCAUCAAUGAUUCUGAUAGAACCCUCUACUCCUGAUGGCACUUGUCAGGGAUCAGUACUGUCUACAAUAAGUGAAAAAAAAUCCAAAUCCAGUAUUGAACAAUGACUUAGCACAUCUUGGCCCUGCAGCAAAGACAUUAAAAGUUGCAUGUAUGUACGCAUUCUUUUUGGAAUAGGCCUGAGAUAUUCACGACAUCACGAACCAAGUGGGGAUGAGAUGCACAUGUUCCCAUAAGAAGGUGCACUUGAUCAAAUUGUGAUGUCGUCAUGUCUCAGGCCUACGGGCUUGUAUUGUAUACCAUUUAUUAUAUCAGCCGUGCGAAGCACGCUGGUAUACUGUGAUCGUCCGAUUUCUUUCUUUCUUUCUUUCUUCGGGCAAACGGUCACGUGACCAAUAUAAAAAUGGCCAUAACUCCUAAACUAUUCAGCCGAUUUCAAAUAAACUUGGCCAAAUUCAACCUUGUCACAUGCCCUACCUAGCCAUGUUCGUAAAAUCCGGCCACUGGUAAUUAAAGGGGUACUAGAGGUCAUUUAAUGAAUAUUUACAAAAUGCUUCUUCUCCCACAGUCUUGACCCAAUUGAUGUAAAACUUGGUCAGUUGUAUCUUUAGACCAAGCCUCACAAAAGGUGUUCACAGAAUUUGGCCAGCGGUCACCUAUUGGUCAGUAGGGGUCAUUUUAUUAAAAAAUUAAAAAGCUGUUUUACAUUUUAAAUCUUUGCAGCCCUGUUCAGUGUAUUUUUUAUCUCUAAUUCUCAAAUUUCAUAUUCUUGACUUAUUUAGUUGUCGAGUUAUUUCAAGUUUUGCAUUUUUCAAACGCAUGUAAAAAGCAAUAUAAAAACAUAGGAAUUCUGGGAAUGUUUCAAACCAUGCACGAUACUGUGGAUGUUAUGUGGCAUGCAAAACCAAUAUUGUCCUUGUGCCCAAGGUCAGCUGUGUUGACAGACAAUUGCACACACAGUGCCACACUCUCUACAGACUUAUGUACAUUCUUUUGCCGAUCUCAGCCACAUUUAGCAAUGAUCACCUUGUGGUCAGUGCGAGUCACUAUUCAGACAAACCGAUAAAACGGCAAAUUAGGCUGAUAUCCGUGCUUUGGGAAGCACAUUAGCUCUAGUUGCAUAGCUGUAGUCAUCUCAGUCAUUUCAAAUCUCAAGUUGAUCACAUGUCAACUUCACCAUUAAAUCACAAAUCAAAUCACAAAUCAAAUCACAAAUCGGGGUUACACUUGAAGUACAUGUAACAGCGGAUGAAACAAUGUGGCAAAGGAAUGCCUUUGUCCCAGUUGGUUUGAAUAUCUAGUCAGUUUUUUCCAGACUAGAUGAAUUGUGAUAGAUUUGGGAUUGAUCUGUCCGACUUGAUUACAUCUUUACAUCAUACAUCAUCUUAUGGUAUGACUUUUGCAGAUGGGAGAAAUGUGUAAGUGUGUACAGCUUUGUUCUAUGUAACUUUCUUGUGGAGAUAUAAACAGGAAACAAUUUUCACUUUGACUGGUUCUCUUUCAAAACCAUACACAACUCACCAAAGGCAUGCAUACCUAGUGCUCCUGGAAAACUCCUUCUAAACAGAUGUGCUUUUAGUUCAUUUUCAUUAGCCUACUUUUGUGUGAAAAUCAUGUAUAUAUUGGAAUCAUUGAUAAGUGGCUACAAGGAUUCUGCCUAUUUUAGAGUACUGUUCAUCCAUGGCACUAUAUGCAUACUCUAUAGUUAUAUUAACACCUCACCCACAGAUUCUGUAUCUUGAUUGGCCAAGAGCAAGUCAUAUGGUAUUCACUAUUUUUGCUAUCUUCAUUUGUGCGACCCAAAGUACUAUACGCAUAGCAACCAAAGUACUAUACGCAUAGCAACCAAAGUACUUUACAGUUUCAACUAAUUUCGAAUUGAAAUAGCUAUAGAUUUGAAUUAUAUUUAGAUUAAAUGAAUCAGUUAUCUCUUAAAGUUAGACAAUCAUGCAUGGAAAGCAGGUAUUUUAACAACCAGUGUAAGUAUUACACAGUGACUUAAAAAGGCAUCAUUAAACAUUUUGGUAUAAGAAGUUGGCAUGGGUGUAGGGUCAACUUUGUGUGCAAAACCAAUAUUUCACACUGCCUAUUAUUAUGGAGGUAACUUCUGAAAAGCAAACAAAAGUACAGAAUUUAUCCCUUUGUAAACAAUGUAAGGGUAGGGUCAAACUAUAUAAUCUUGGAAAACAUAAUCCGAGGAGUGUUGUUUUUUAUAUAAAAUAACAAUUGAACAUGAUAAGAGACAUAAGUUUAAUACAUUUUGUGCAGUAUAGUAGUCUUAGGGGAUGAUGCGUUUUCUGGGAAACAAUAGGUGCUGUUUGAUUUGGGUAAAUCUUGUCCAAUAUUGAAGAGCUUACCCAGACCAAAUCGUGCUCUUCUAUUGUGCCCCCAUAUCAAAAAGGCUAAUGCCGACCAGUUGGUGUUUUAAGUAUUAUGCACGGAAGUGGUUUUCACUUUAAACCAGUUCGCGUUGGAUGACAUGUUAACACAACCUGGCUGUUUCUACACACAGGCAACAGGUACGGCUGACAAGUUAAAAAGUCAAGCAUGCCUCGGCUCACCUCCGGAUGACGUCUAAACACGCUAAUCCCCUAUUUGUUUGUACACACACAAAGUCCGAGAAGUCUGUGGAGGCAGACUGUGUGUUGUACUUGAACUUGGCCACUGUGCACUACCUGUUGUACAAUUUACGCUCCCUGGGUACACCCGGGAGUGCUGAAAAGUAUGAGGUUGCAGUGAGAAAUAUUGUAGAAAUGCUGUUGAAAUGACUCUUGCGAAUCAGUAUUUGUGGCGUUUGGCUAUAUAUCAAAAGUUGGCUGCUUUAUCUUUUAGAACUUAAAGACAAGUUCUUUUGGAACUUAAAUCAGGACAAGUUCUUAUCAGAACUAAAACUACUUAGCGCAAGUUGAUAAUAAACAGGACCAGUUUCUAUCAGAACUAAAUAUCUACUUGGCGACAGUAAUUAUUACCACAUGGUGUUACUGCAAACUGAAACGAUACUGCUAUAUCCUGCCCUUUUCGAAAAUCAAAAUUUUCGCAAAAAUAUUUCCGGCGCGAACUAGUUUUUAAUGUGUCCUCAUGUUUUUUUUAACUGAACAUUUUGUAAUUAUGACAUUAUCCUAAUUAGGAAUACCUGGCUCCCACAAGAAUAAACGUUUAUCCAUGUUGAAAUGGUUGUCUCUCCAAAGGUUGACCCUGAAUAAUUAUAAAAUGUAACCAGACAGAUAUGCAACAUUUGAUUGAUCCCAGACAGAUUUCUCAAUAAAAUUGAUAUCCCUUA